GAAACCUCCGACCUCGUCAGCUCGUCCGGACCUGGAGAACAGCGCCUCCUCUCUGAAGCUCCACGAUGCCCUCCUCCUCCUUCUUCCUCCUCCUCCUCCUCCUCCCCCCCGCCCUGGCCUGUCGGACCGGCUCCUUCACGGAGUGUCAGCAGGCUCCCUUCGUCCCCGGUCACAAUCUGGUGGGAGAAGGUUUUGAUUUGGUGAAGUUGAAGAUGACUGGAGCGAGUGUCGUGGACAUGAAGCGCUUCAUGGUGGGAGGAGUCGAGGGGAACUGCACCGUGUGCCAGAACCACCUCCUGAACCAGACACAGAAGCUCCCGGUGUCGGUCGUUGACUGGAGGAUCAAGGUGCACUGUCGGCGCAGUCUGAGCAGUAAGAUGUUCGAGUCCAGUCAGUCCAUGAUGAAAGACACGAGCUCCUCUGUGGGCGUCAGCUGGAAGGUUGGCCUCAGUGUGGCGGGACUGGGCGGUUUUGCUGUUGGAGGAUCACAUUCCAAAUCAACACAGUUUGCGGAGAGUCGCAGCAGAAAAGACAAGUUCUCCUUCACCACGCACGACCUCAACUGCAAAUACUACACCUUCCGUCUUCAAUCGAAUCCUCCGCUGAGCAAAGAGUUCGAGGUUUCUUUGAAGAACCUUCCGUCCACCUACGACCUGAAGAACACCUCGGCCUUCCAGCAGUUCCUCACCAUCUACGGGACCCACUUCAUCCGCAGGGUUCACCUGGGGGGUCGAGUGCACUCCGUCACAGCCAUCCGGACUUGUGAGGCCGCCAUCAGCAAGAUGUCUGUCCAUGCAGUCAGCAACUGUCUGUCAGUCGAGGCCAGUGGAACCAUUAAGGGCGUCACUGCCAAAGCCAGCAGUGCGUUCUGCAAAAAUAAGAGAAAGAGUCUUAAAACCGGGGCAACCUUCAGUCAGGCCUUCUCUGACAGGACCACUGAGGUUAUGGGAGGAGAUGGGAACGUGGGGGACAUCCUGUUCACCCCCAAUGGAGCCGCAGGCUACAAGAAGUGGCUCUCUUCCCUCAGGAGGGUCCCAGGUGUGGUGUCCUACGAAAUCAGUCCCCUGCACCUGCUGGUGACAGAUAACCCCACCCUGAGGUCCGGCCUCCAAGAGGCCAUCAGCAACUACAUCCGCAAAAGUGCCAAGAAGCUGAGCUGCCCCGCCGGCUGCAAGGUCGGGAAGCAGAACAAGAACUGUGCCUGUCAGUGCCAAGGUCACCGCAUGGUCGACUCCAACUGCUGCCCCGGGGAGACAGGCGUGGCCCGGAUGAAUGUGACGGUGGUCCGAGCCCAGGGGCUGUGGGGGGACUACUUCUCCAAGACGGACGGAUAUGUUAAAGUGUUCUACGGAAACCGAGGAGCCACAACACCGGUGAUCUGGAACAAUGACUUCCCCCAGUGGAACUACCUCAUUCGGCUGGAAACCGUUAACCUACGUCGCAGAGUAGCUGUCGUCUUCGAGGUCUGGGACCGGGACAAUGGUUGGAACGACAACCUGCUGGGGAAGGUGGUCCUCAUCCCCACGAGUGGUCAUAGCUCCAUCAAGAGCUUCAGGUUGAAGCACGGCUCGCUGUCCGUCCAGCUGUCUGCAGUGUGUGCUCCCAGCCUGCAGGGGUCGCUGUGUGAGCAGUACGCCGCCUCGCCAAGCUACACGGAGGUCAUGGCGUAACGCUGGGGUUCACACGUUGAUCUUUCGUAGUUUAUUAAAUCUGUAAAAAGGUGUGAAUCAACUGGAUCAAAAACAAUUGAAAUAAAAUCAAAACUUUUAAAAUGUU